CUAAUAAAGCCUGCCACUUAGAAAUAACAAAUUCAAUAAGAAACUCUCGAAGCAUAUAAAGUAACAGAGAUGCUUCUUCGACUCUUUCCUUCCAUUAGCCCACCUCUCUCACUCACCACCGGUUUCAGAUAUAUAAGGCCAAGGGCAAGCUACAGAUUAUACCGUGGAAGCAGAGAAAUGGGUGAGCAGGAAAAUUCAGAAUCUGAAGUAAUUCAAGUGAAGAAUCGUGCCACAUUUCGUCUGUGCAAUGUGUCAAGUUUCACCACUGAAGUACUGGAGAUCCCUGCAGACAAUCCAACAUUGCAUGUUCUUGUUAUACCUGGAAAUCCAGGUAUUGUUUCAUUUUACAAAGACUUUGUGGAGUCGCUGUAUGAGUUGCUGGGUGGAGCUGCGUCUGUGACAGCUGUUGGGCAUAUAUCUCAUACCAAAAAGAACUGGGAGCAUGGAAGGCUGUUCUCAUUACAAGAACAAAUUGAUCAUAAGAUGGACUUCAUCAAACAGGAAUUGCAAAAUAAUGAAGUUCCUAUAUUACUGGUUGGGCACUCUAUUGGUUCAUAUAUAUCUCUCGAAAUGUUCAAAAGAUCUCCAGAGAAGGUGACAUUUUGUGUUGGACUCUAUCCAUUUUUGGCCUUAAACCGACAAUCCAUACAGCAGUCUUUCAUCAGGAAGCUUGCAGCGGAACUGUUAUUGACUCCAAAAAGUACACUCCUCCAAGUUGAGUUUCUCGUUUAUGUGUUUAGGUCCCGCAUUACAAGUGUUGUCUUGAGCUUAAUUGUUGCGCUGUUGGGAUUGUUUCCUAUCCGAUUGUUGAGGUUAAUUGUGACCACAUUCCUUGGGAAGCUCUGGUCAGCUACUGCAGUUGAGGCUACUUGCUCUCACUUGGUAAAGUACCAUACCAUGCGGAAUGUCCUCUUUAUGGCAAUGACAGAAUUCAAAAAGCUUUCAGAAACACCGGAUUGGGCAUUCAUGAGGGAAAAGCAGCACAAAAUGGCAUUUUUGUUCGGCGUUGAUGAUCACUGGGGUCCACUGCAAAUGUUGGAAGAGAUUUCCAAGCAGGUCCCAGAUGCUGUUCUAUCAAUUGAAAGAGAGGGCCAUACUCAUGCUUUUUGUUGCACUGAAGCAGGCUCAAUGUGGGUUGCUGAGCAUGUAGCAGGCUUGAUCAAGAACAAUCAAGCGUCAUAGAUAUACCUGCCCUCGCUACUAGCUAGCCCACCCAUGUUUGUCUUUAGGAUUUGCAAAUAUUACACUUUCAGUUGGAUGGAUAAGUCAAUAAAUAAAAUAAAUCAAAAGACUUGAUUGUUGCUUGAUUAGUUAUACUAUUAAUAAAGGGAUGUGAUAUCCACACACCUCUUUUUACUUCUCUUA